AUGCAAACUGCUUUGAUAAAUAGUACAGAAUUAUUUUUAAAAGAAGUUUUAUCCAGUUAUAAAAUUGAUCCAUCAAUAGCUGAUCCUCCAGUAAUACUAGAAACUCCUCUUUAUGGAAAUCUUGUUCCACAAUUUUUAAAUUUUGCUGCACCAGGAAUGAUGAUAUCAAUAAUAUUUUUUUUGGCAGUUGGUUUAACAGCAUUAAUAUUUGUUGUUGAAAAAAAAGAAGGCCUUUUAGAACGUAGUUGGAUUGCUGGUGUUACAACAAUUGAAGUUAUGUUUGCUCAUAUUGUUGUUAAAUUUUUUAUUCAAGCUAUUCAAAUUAUCCUUUUACUUGUUUUUGCAGAUGUUAUUUUUAAAGUUGAAAUUAAAGGUUCAAUUUUCUUAGCAGCGACAUUAAUUUUUCUUGAAGGACUUUGUGGAAUGAGUUAUGGUCUUUUAAUAUCUUCACUAUGUGAACAAGAAACUGAAGUUAUGCAAGUUGCACUUGGAAGCGUUUUUCCUGUUUUUCUUGUUUCAGGUGUUAUAUGGCCACUUGAAGGCAUGUCACCAGUAAUGCGUUUUCUAAGUAAUUUCAGUCCAUUAACACAUCCUAUCGAGGCAAUGCGAUGUAUAGCUGCAAGAGGUUGGUCAAUUUUUUAUUUUAAAGUAUGGUUUGGUUUUGUUAAUGCUAGUGCAUGGAGUGUGGGAUUUUUUACCAUAGCUGCUAUUCUAUUUGCUCUUAGAAAAUAA